AUGUCCUCACGGCCAGAUCUGAAGGUCGACGACGAAGUAGGAUUCAUCCGCUUCUACCGCUCCCUCCCCGAAUCAGACAACAAUGAGACCAUCCGUGUAUUCGACCGAGGAGACUGGUACUCCUCCCACGGCGCCGAUGCCGAGUUUAUCGCACGCACAGUUUACAAGACGACUUCCGUGCUCCGCAACCUAGGCCGUAGCGAGUCCGGCGGUCUUCCGUCGGUCACCAUGACCGUAACCGUGUUCCGGAAUUUCCUCCGCGAAGCCCUUUUCCAAUUAAACAAGCGAAUCGAGAUUUGGGUAUCAGGUGGCACGGGUAAAGGCAACUGGAAGCUUGGCAAGCAGGCUAGCCCUGGGAAUCUCCAGGAUGUCGAGGAUGAACUUGGUAGCGUGGGCGCAUUGUCUAUGGAGUCUGCGCCCAUCAUCCUGGCUGUGAAGAUCUCUGCGAAGGCUUCGGAGGCCAGGAACGUCGGUGUCUGCUUUGCAGAUGCGAGUGUGCGUGAGCUCGGUGUGAGCGAGUUUCUGGAUAAUGACGUGUACUCGAACUUCGAGUCCUUGGUUAUUCAGCUCGGGGUGAAGGAAUGUCUUCUGACUAUGGACACUGCGAAGAAGGAUGUGGAGCUCGGCAAGAUCCGAGCUAUUGCUGAUAGCUGUGGCAUCGCCAUUUCAGAGCGGCCUGCGGCGGAUUUUGGUGUUCGGGAUAUCGAGCAGGAUCUGACUCGCUUGCUGCGCGACGAGCGCUCUGCGGCUACACUGCCUCAGACGGAGCUGAAGCUGGCUAUGGGAGCUGCUGCCUCUUUGAUUAAGUAUCUUGGAGUGAUGAGUGACCCUACCAAUUUCGGUCAGUAUCAGCUUUAUCAGCAUGAUCUGUCGCAAUAUAUGAAGCUGGAUGCCUCGGCUCUGCGAGCUCUGAACUUAAUGCCUGGUCCCCGUGACGGAUCGAAAACCAUGAGCUUGUAUGGUCUUCUCAAUCAUUGCAAAACUCCUGUGGGUAGUCGCCUGUUGGCUCAAUGGUUGAAGCAGCCUCUUAUGGACCAGGCUGCUAUCGACAAACGUCAGCAACUUGUUGAAGCGUUCGUGGUCCAUACGGAGCUGCGCCAAACUAUGCAAGAGGAACAUCUGCGGGCUAUUCCUGAUCUUUACCGUCUGGCCAAACGCUUCCAGCGCAAACAAGCCAACUUGGAAGAUGUUGUCCGAGUCUACCAGGUCGCGAUUCGUCUGCCCGGAUUUGUCCGCGCUUUAGAAGAUAUUAUGGAUGAACAGUAUCAGUCGCCACUCGAGACAGAGUACACUUCUAAGCUCCGGGGGCACUCAGAUCACUUGGCUAAGCUUGAAGAGAUGGUGGAGACUACUGUCGACUUGGAUGCUUUGGAGAACCAUGAAUUUAUCAUCAAACCCGAGUUCGACGAAGGCCUCAGAGCCAUCCGAAAAAAGCUGGAUAAGCUGCGCUACGAGAUGGAUGUUGAACACCGACGUGUUGCAAAGGAUUUGAACCUCGAAAUCGAAAAGAAGCUGUUUUUGGAGAAUCACCGAGUCCACGGUUGGUGUAUGCGACUGACCCGGGCGGAGUCGGGUGUCAUUCGUAACAAAAAAGGAUACGAAGAAUGCUCAACUCAGAAAAAUGGCGUCUACUUCACUACCAAGGCUCUGCAAUCUCUCCGCAGAGAGCACGAUCAGCUCUCAUCCAACUACAACCGUACGCAGACAGGACUGGUCAACGAAGUCGUCAAUGUCGCUUCGUCAUACUGUCCAGUUCUGGAGCAACUCGCCGGUGUUCUUGCUCAUCUAGAUGUGAUUGUCAGUUUCGCACAUGCGUCGGUGAAUGCUCCUAAUGGAUACGUUCGCCCUAAGAUGCAUCCCCGUGGCACUGGCAACACUAUACUCAAAGAGGCACGCCACCCAUGUAUGGAGAUGCAGGACGACAUUUCCUUCAUUACAAAUGACGUUUCGCUAGUCCGAGAUGAGUCUUCUUUCCUCGUCAUCACCGGUCCGAACAUGGGUGGUAAAUCCACCUAUAUUCGCCAGAUUGGUGUGAUUGCGCUCAUGGCCCAGACUGGCUGCUUUGUGCCCUGUACCGAAGCCGAAUUGACCAUUUUUGACUGCAUUCUCGCUCGAGUUGGCGCCAGCGAUUCGCAGCUCAAGGGUGUCUCAACAUUCAUGGCUGAGAUGCUUGAGACUGCUAAUAUCCUUAAGUCGGCAACGUCGGAAUCAUUGAUCAUCAUUGACGAGCUCGGUCGCGGAACUAGUACAUACGAUGGAUUCGGUCUGGCCUGGGCUAUCUCUGAACACAUUGUUACUGAGAUCCGAUGCUUCGGUCUAUUCGCUACCCAUUUCCACGAACUGACAGCUUUGGCAGACCGAUACCCGAAAUCGGUCCAAAAUCUUCAUGUCGUAGCUUUUAUUGGGGAUGGAACUACGGAAAUGGAUGCAGAAGAUGGUGCGAAUAAGAAGCGCCAGGUUACUCUGCUUUAUCGGGUUGAGCCGGGCAUCUGCGACCAGUCUUUUGGUAUUCAUGUUGCUGAGCUUGUUCGCUUCCCAGAGAAGGUUGUCAAUAUGGCUCGUCAGAAGGCUGAGGAGCUUGAAGACUUUACUUCUGCUUCUGCCGAGAAUCCAGAACAGCAGCAGCCUACCCCUUCGCUGGAGAAGUACUCGCAAGAGGAAGUGGAGGAAGGAAGUGCGCUGCUGAAGGGCAUGUUGGUGAAAUGGAAAGCAGAGAUCGAAGGCAAGGGUCUGUCCUCUGACCAGAAGAGACAGGUCAUGCGUGACCUUGUUCGCAACGAUCCAAAAUUGCAAGCGAACAAGGUAUUCCAGGGCAUCAAGGCUUUAUAG